AUGUUCUCGCGAAGGCAAAGUUACUUCUCCCGCAUGGCGAGGACUUACCCGAUUCUAAAGCUCGUUGACGUGUACGACCGGCAGUCGUUCAUUCGGGCGUACGUGCUGGACAACGUGUUCGUUUGCAUACUCAUGCACGUGCUCUUCUACGUUGCCCUGUGGUACGCCACUGCGGUGGCGAGGAAAAUGGAGAAAUCGAACAAGGAGAUGCUGAAGAUCAUGGAGCAGAACAGAACGAGACUGGAGGACGUAAUGGCGCUGAAGGAUAAGAAAGCAGAGUACGACGAGGUCGUGAUCAAAACGAAAGAGACGCAGAGGGUAACAUCCGAUGAACUGGAAGACGAAAUGCAACGACUGAGCACGGAGGUGACGGACGCCGCGGACAAGCUGUCAGAGCUGGAGGGAAUCGUGAAGAAAUACAAGUCCGACGGGAAAUGGUGCGAGAGCUCUGCGGGCGACGUCGCUGGCCGAGAAAACGAGAACGCGGAGCCUAGUCUUAGCGAAGGACAGACAGGCUCGCACGAGAAUCUCAAGAUUCUCGAGCCGUCUUUCCCACCGCCACAGCCACCGGAACCUCCACCUAGGAAAUAUGGAAUCUUCGUCAGUCGACCUCCUGGCCAACGUCGACCACCUCCCGCGGCUGCAGCUGCAGGCACACCUCCAAAAAUCGGAUUCAAGUAA